AUGGGCAUCCAAGAGACACAGCCGCUUCUCGGAGCAUCAAGCCACUCCGAUACCCCUUCACAAGGUACACUCCAACCACAUGAUAAUACAGAUGAUGAACUCUCCACGUCAUUCUCCGAUAAUCUACCAGGAGUGACCUACAGGAAAAGCCUCAACUGGUCAAGCGCAUACAUAUUGGUCGUCUCCCGUGUCAUUGGCAGCGGCAUUUUCGCAACUCCAGGCUCCAUCGUCAAAUCCGCAGGAAGCAUUGGAUUAACACUUCUAGUAUGGCUGGUCGGAACUAUAUUGUCAGCUUGUGGUCUGGCAGUGUCGAUGGAAUUUGGUUGCAUGCUACCUCGGUCAGGAGGGGAAAAGGUGUAUCUUGAGUAUACCUAUCCCCGACCACGGUUUCUUGCCUCGAGCCUGGUCGCAACCCAAGCGGUGCUUUUGGGGUUCACGGCUAGCAACUGUAUCAUUUUCUCGAAGUACACCUUCUUUGCACUUGGUCUUGCGCCAACUGAAUUUCAGCAUAAGGCGCUUGCUGUUAGUCUUUUAACGGUCAUUACCAUUAUUCAUGGCUGCUUUCUGAAAACGGGAAUCUAUAUCCAGAAUGUUCUUGGAUGGGUGAAAAUCUUCCUCAUUAGUGCCAUGUCCUUGACGGGAAUUUGGGUGGUAUUUCUCCAGUUUUAUGGAGAUACUGAUGUCUACUCUCCAGGGACAAACUCUGGUAGUUCUUUUUCUUGGGAUGCAAUGUGGGAAGGGUCAAACUGGAGCUGGAGUGUGCUCUCGACGGCUUUGUUCAAGGUCUAUUAUUCAUAUGCUGGUCUGAGCAACGUGAACAAUGUUCUCAAUGAGGUGCAUAAUCCAGUUGACAUGGUAAAGACUGUUUGUCCCACUGCUCUACUGACAGCUGGGGCAUUGUAUACCUUGGCGAAUCUUUCAUACUUCCUCGUCAUUCCUCUGGAAGAAAUAAAGAACAGCGGGGAAUUGGUGGGCGCAUUGCUGUUUCAACGACUAUUUGGUGAUCACAUUGGAAAAACCUUCUUCCCACUGGCCGUCGCAAUUUCAGCUGCUGGUAAUGUGAUGGUGGUGACAUUUGCCUUGGCACGCAUCAACCAAGAAAUAGCACGACAAGGUUUCCUUCCAUGGCAAAAUAUCCUUUCAUCAACUCGACCAUUUGGGACUCCACUGGGUGGACUGAUCGUACACUAUAUCCCCUCCGCUCUUGUCAUAGCUCUCCCACCACAAGGUGAUGUCUACAACUUCAUUCUAGACUUGGAGGGAUACCCAGGGCAGAUCUUUGCAUUGGCAACUACGGUCGGCCUUCUUAUAGUUCGCUAUCGAGAGCCAGAUCUUGUGCGGCCAUUUCAAGCUUGGUUGCCAGCUGUCUGGCUACGAGUCGCGGUAUGUCUGACUCUAUUGAUAACACCAUGGAUACCUCCAUCCAAGUGGCAAGGGGAUGUCGAUUUCUUCUAUGCAACUUAUGCGAUCGUUGGAAUUGGAAUUCUCCUCUUCGGAGUUCUUUAUUGGUAUAUCUGGACGGUAUUGUUGCCUCGCUGGGGGAAUUAUAAACUCGAGGAAGAGAAGGAAAUACUAGCCGAUGGAACUAGCAUUAUCAAAUUGGUUCGUGUACAUGGU